GAGCAAGGGUUUAACAAAGUCAUGAAACAAACAUAAACCAUUACCUUCCCGCGCUGAAAAACCAGUGCUAGUCUCAGCGAAGAAGAAGAACAACAACAAGGGUUUCAUCUUUCACGGUAAACGCAAGAUGGAAGACUACGAAAUGGCAAUGGAUUCUUCUCCCUCACCCAGCUACUUCGACCCACAAGACCUCACCACUCGCCAGCAGUUCCGCCGUUACGGGAAGAGGCACUCAACUUCAGGUGCUUCAAUCCAACAAGACAACUCGGCGUCCAAGUUAAGUCAAACGGGGCUGUUUUAUGACGGACAAAGCAUCCAUAGUCCUACAAAUGCCGCACUUGUUCUUGAAAAUAUUAAACAAGAGGUGGAGAGUCUUGAUGCUGAUUACUUGGAAGAAAGGGCACAACAUUCCUCUAGAAGGAGGUUAUCCGCCGAUGCUCAUGGAGUCCCUGGUAUGGAUGCUGGUUUUUACUCUGAACGCCACUCAUUAAAGGCGUGUAAGCAAGAGGAUGAAUCUGUAGGAGACGGUGCAGAAACAGUAUUUACGUUAUAUGCAUCUCUGCUUGAUUCUGCUUUGCAAGGAUUCAUGCCUAUUCCUGAUCUGAUACUAAGAUUCGAGAAUGCAUGUCGAGAUGUUUCAGAGUCUAUCAGGUAUGGUUUGAACGUUAGGCACCGAGUUGUUGAGGACAAAUUAAUGAGGCAGAAGGCUCAGCUCCUGCUUGAUGAGGCGGCAACAUGGUCUCUCUUGUGGUUCCUUUACGGCAAAGUGACUGAAGAACUAUCUAAAGAGAAAAUACUGGUGUCAGAUACCUCACACGUAGUGGCAUGUGAGUUUGUUGCAGAGGACCAUGCAGCUCAAUUGUUCCUUCGAAUAGUCCAGUGGUUAGAAGGUUUGGCUUCUAAAGCACUUGAUUUGGAAGUGAAGGUGCGUGGAUCUCAUGUUGGUAGUUAUCUCCCCAACAGUGGAGUUUGGCAUCACACUCAACGCUAUCUAAAGAAAGGAACUUCUGACAUGAACAUUGUUCAUCACCUCGACUUUGAUGCUCCAACUCGUGAAAAUGCAAAUCUUUUGCCUGAUGACAAAAAACAAGAUGAAUCUCUUCUAGAAGAUGUAUGGACUCUUUUAAGGGCUGGUAGGCUAGAAGAGGCAUGUGGACUUUGCCGGUCUGCUGGACAGCCCUGGAGAGCUGCUUCUCUAUGCCCUUUUGGAGGUUUGAGUCAGUUUCCUUCUGUUGAAGCUCUGGUGAAGAAUGGUAAAAAUAGAACUUUGCAAGCUGUUGAAUUUGAAAGUGGCAUUGGUCAUCAGUGGCAUCUUUGGAAAUGGGCUUCAUACUGUGCGUCAGAGAAAAUAGCAGAGCAAGGUGGGAAAUAUGAAGCGGCUGUGUAUGGAGCCCAAUGUAGCAACCUAAAAAGGAUGCUUCCACUCUGCACAGACUGGGAGUCAGCAUGCUGGGCAAUGGCAAAGUCUUGGCUAGAUGUUCAGGUAGACAUGGAGGUUACUCGCUCACUACCAGGGGGAGUUGAUCAACUUAGAGCUUUUGGAGAUGUAAUUGACGGAAGCCACGGACAUGUUGAUGGCUCCCUUGAGCCUUCAAAUGGACCUGAAAAUUGGCCAAUUCAAGUGUUGAAUCAGCAACCACGACAACUUUCAUCUCUUCUUCAAAAACUUCAUUCAGGGGAAAUGAUCUAUGAAACUGUUACCCGACAAUGCAAGGAGCAACAGCGGCAAAUUCAGAUGACUCUAAUGCUAGGGGACAUACCACGUGUACUAGACCUUAUAUGGUCAUGGAUAGCACCUUCCGACGAUGAUCAGAAUGUAUUUAGGCCUCAUGGAGAUCCUCAAAUGAUACGAUUUGGUGCACAUCUAGUCCUCGUGCUUAGAUAUUUAAUUGCUGAUGAAAUAAAGGGCGCCUUCAUGGACAAGAUUAUGAGUGUUGGUGAUCAUAUUCUUCACAUGUAUGCUAUGUUUCUCUUUUCAAAGGAGCACGAGGAGUUGGUGGGUAUAUAUGCUUCCCAGCUUGCACGUCAUCGUUGCAUAGACCUUUUUGUUCACAUGAUGGAACUUAGGCUGCACAGCAGCGUGCAUGUCAAAUACAAGAUAUUCCUUUCUGCUAUGGAAUAUUUACCCUUUUCUUCUGAGGAUGAUUCUAAGGGAAAUUUUGAAGACAUUAUUGAGAGUGUUUUGAUGAGAUCUAGAGAGAUCAAGGUUGGCAAAUAUGAUAGCCUGUCAGAUGUUGCUGAACAGCAUAGACUUCAGAGUCUUCAAAAAGCUAAAGUCAUCCAGUGGCUUUGCUUUACACCGCCAUCAACAAUUACUAAUGUCAAAGAUGUUAGUAAAAAACUUCUUCUCCGAGCAUUGGUACAUAGCAACAUACUCUUCAGAGAGUUUGCCUUGAUUUCUAUGUGGAGAGUACCGGGGAUGCCUAUAGGUGCCCAUACAGCACUUGGUUUUCUUGCUGAACCCCUGAAACAGCUUGCUGAAACUCUUGAGACCUCUGAGGAUGAUAAUAUAUUUGAGGAUUUAAGGGAGUUCCAAGACUGGCGUGAGUAUUACUCCUGUGAUGGAACCUACCGCAAGUGGCUCAAAGUUGAAUUAGAGAAUGCAGAAGUUCCUGUCUCUGAACUUUCACUAGAGGAAAAAGAAAGGGCUGUUUCAGCCGCCAAGGAAACACUGGAUGCAUCUCUUUCGCUGCUAGAAAGAAAAGAAACACCAUGGUUGGCAUCUAUUGAUCAGACAUAUGAAUCAGCUGAACCUGUUUUCCUUGAACUUCAUGCAACCGCAAUGCUCUGCCUACCAUCUGGAGAGUGUAUGUGUCCAGAUGCUACUGUAUGCACUACACUGACGAGUGCCCUCUACUCUUCCGCUGGUGAUGAGGUUGUCUUAAAUCGACAACUAACGGUGAAUGUGUCUAUAUCUUCAAGGGACAAUUAUUGCAUUGAUGUUGUUCUUCGUUGCUUAGCAGUAGCUGGUGAUGGAAUUGGACCACAUGAUUUCAAUGAUGGGGGUAUUCUUGGCACCAUUAUGGCUGCUGGUUUUAAAGGCGAGCUUCCUCGGUUUCAAGCUGGAAUUACAAUGGAAAUAUCCCGAUUGGAUGCUUGGUAUUCUGACAAAAGUGGUACCUUGGAGUGCCCGGCUACAUACAUUGUUAAAGGACUUUGUCGGAGGUGCUGUCUCCCUGAAGUCAUUCUUCGUAGCAUGCAGGUUUCUGUUUCUCUCAUGGGAUCUGGAGUUCUACCUGAUUGCCAUGACACUUUGGUUGAACUGGUUGGCAGUCCUGAAACUCAGUUUGUUCACCUGUUUAGUCAACAGCAGUUACAGGAAUUUUUAUUGUUUGAGAGGGAAUACUCAAUCUGCAAAAUGGAGCUUUUGGAGGAAUGAAUUUUGUCCUUUGAGCAGAACUUGAUCGUGAGCUUCUUCCAGAGCCACAGAUUUGUUUUGGUGUUUUGAACAUUUUUUGGUGUAUCUUGAGCUACAGUUUUGAAAUUAUAUAUUGUUAUUUGUCUAGUAAUUAUUUUGCUUUGAGUAGAAAAGAGGGAGUAUGAAAAACUUUGUGCAUAAGCGUGCCUUGUGAAUUACUAUUUUUAUCUUGUUUUUUUAUGAACUGGAUGUCCAAGAAGGCUAUGGGCUUGACCCAUGUGUAUUUAUUUUUA